CUCGCAUUUUUAGGAGAGAGAAUAAGAGUCAGUGUGUUGAUUUUUUUCACUAUUGGUAACAUGAACGUUGGACUAAUCUUAUGUGGAACUUUGCUGUUCUGUGCUAAAGUUACUUUGGCUAUUAAUUGUGAUGUCUCUGAAAAGUAUGACUGUGGUUUUGCUGGAAUAAAUGAAACUGGUUGUACAACUAGAGACUGCUGUUGGAAACCAGACUCUAGUUCAAAGGAUCCUUGGUGCUAUCAGACAGAUGUUUCUACUACUGGCACCUGCAGACCUGAUUUGGAAAAAACAGAUUGUGGAUAUCUUGGAAUACAAGAGAAGGAAUGCAUAGAUCGUAAAUGCUGCUGGCUUGAGAAACAAGGAGACAUAUAUUGCUUUAAAAAGUCAUCAGCUCAAAGUGCAUGCAUUGAUGUUAAAGAUAAAAUUGACUGUGGUCAUGUUGGCAUUACUGAAGAUGAAUGCACAAAGAAAGACUGCUGCUAUAAGGAAAAAGAAAAUGAGCCUUGGUGCUUCUACAAGUCUGGUGUUACACCAAGCAAGAGCCCAAGCGCAAGUCCAUCUGCAGCAGAUAUUAUAUAUAAUUAUAACUAGCCAAUUAAUUAAACUUUGCCUUUAUGGCUAACUUUGCUGAGUACUUAAAAAAGUUUACACUAGUAGCAUA